ACCCCAUCUCAACUAAAAAUACAAAAAUUAGGCUGGGCGCAGUGGCUCACACCUGUAAUCCCAGCACUUUGGGAGGCCAAGGUGAGUAGAUCAUGUGGUCAGGAGAUUGAGACCAUCCUGGCCAACGUAGUGAAACUCUGUCUCUACUAAAAAGAACAAAAAUUAGCUGGACAUGGUGGUGGGCACCUGUAGUUCCAGCUACUUGGGAGGCUGAGGCAGGAGGAUCGCUUGAACCAAGGAGGCAGAGGUUGCAGUGAGCCGAGGUCGCACCACUGCACUCCAGCAUGGUGACAGAGACUCCGUCUCAAAAAAGAAAAAAAAAAAAAGUAAAUGGAACCUGGCCAGGUAACUCACACUUGUAAUCCCAGCACUUUGAGAGGCUGAGGUGGCUGAUUGCUUUAGCUCAGGAGUUCAAGACCUGGCAAUAGCAAAACAAAAUACAAAAAGUCAUGUAGCCGGGCAUGCUGGUGCACACCCAUAGUCCCAGCCUGUCAGGAGGCUGAGAUGGGAGGAUCACUUGAGCCCAGGGAGGUCGAGGCUGCAGUGAGCUGUGAUUGCUCCACUGCACUCCAGCCUGGGUGACAGAACAAGAUCCUGUUUAAAAAGAAAUGGAGCCUACAGUCUAAGCUUCUGUUGCUCCAUCCAAAGACAGAAUCGGCCGGGCGCAGGAGCUCACACUGUAAUCCCAGCACUUUGUGAGGCCAAGGCAGGUGGAUCGUCUGAGGUCAGGAGUUUGAGACCAGCCUGGCCUGCAUGGCGAAACCCCGUCUCUAGUAAAAAUACAAAAGAAAAUUAGCUGGGCAUGGUGGCACGCGCAUGUAGUCUCAGCUACUCGGGAGGCUGAGGCAGGAGAAUCGCUUGAACCUGGGAGAUGGAGGUUUCGAGAUCGUGCCACUGCACUCUAGCCUGGGUGACAGAGCAAGACUCCAUUUCAAAAAAAAAAAAAGUGUUUAGGGUGUGAGGAAAUGUCAUGCUUGCCGAAGAGCAUUCCAGCUUUCCUGGGCAUUCGGCAGAGGCUGAUGCCAAAUGGGAACAGUCUCUGCUCAAAUUUGCCUGCCCUCCUGCUUCAUGGAGUUGGGACCUAUUGGUUGGUGUCAGAAUUUGUGUCAGGCAGUGCAAGUUGGACUUCACUGGCAGGAGGAGAGAAUCCAGCUCCUGAAGUCAAGUGGGAAGGAACUGACCCAGCAGAGUGACACAGUGGAAGGGGUGGAGCCGGGACUGAAACCCUGGGCAUCAUUUGGUUGUCACAAUGAUGUGGGUUCCCUGGCAUCCCCACCAUUAGGACCUAAACACCCUGUGGUAGGAGAGGCAGCUCUGCAGUGAAGAUGGAAUUUAUUUGGAGUGAGCAGAAGCCAUUGCUAUGAGCAGAGAAAUGCUAUGAUCCAGCUGCAGUGUGAAAAGGCGCUGUGUGUGGUGAUCACACCUGUGAUCCCAGCACUGUGGGAGGCUCAGGUGGGUAGAUUGCGUCAGUUUAGGAGUUCAAGACCAUCCUGGACAAUAUGGUGAAACCUCGUCUCUACCAAAAAUACAAAAAAAAUUAACUGGGCAUAGUGGCUUGUGCCUGUGGUCCCCGCUACUUGGGAGGCAGAGGUGGGAGGACGGCGUCCAGGAGGCAGAGGUUGCAGUGAGGUGAGAUUGUGCCAUUGCACUCCAGCCUGCUGACAAGAGUCAGACCCCAUAUCAAUCAAGCAAUCAGUAAAAAUAAAAGGAUCCCUCUGGUGGCUGUGUGGUGAGAACAGACUGAAAGAUGCCAGGCCCGGCCCAGGGAGGCCACAGUAGAUGAGGUGAGGUGGUCUGAUUCUAGAUAAGACUUGAAGGUGGAGCCUACCAGUGUUUGCUGAUGGAUUCGGGGUACGAAUCAAGGACACUCCUAUUAAAGUCUUUAGGAGAAAAGGAAAAUGAAAUCACUAAUCACCACACUAACCCUGUUUCCUUCAGUGAGGUGUUUUGUUUUUCUUGAGACAUUUUAUACUUUCAAAUCUAAGUAGAGUCAGAUAUAUCCUUCAGGUUCUGGCUAAAAUUCUUCAUCCUCAAAGAUUUUACUGGCCAGGUGCAGUGGCUCAUGCCUGUAAUCCCAGCCCUUCAGGAGGCCAGGGAAGGAUUGGGUGAGCCCAGAGGUUUGAGACCAGCCAGGGCAACAUACUGAGACACCAUCUCUACAAAAAAAAAUUUAAGUUAGCCAGGCGUGGUGACACACAACUGUAACCCCAGCUACUCUGGAGGAGGAGGUGGGAAGAUCCUUUAACCUGGGAGAUUGAGACUUCAGUGAGCCAGGAUUGUACCACUCUAUUCUCCAGCCUGUGUGACAGGGCAAGACACUGUCUUGUUAAAAAAAGAUUUUUAAAGGGCCAGGUGAGGUGGCUCAUGCCUGUAAUCCUAGCACUUUGGGAGGCUGAGGCAGGCGGAUCACGAGGUCAGGAGUUUGAGACCAGCCUAGCCAAAGUGGUGAAAAUAAAAAGAACUAGCCGGGUGCGGUGGCAGGUGCCUGUAAUCCCAGCUACUCCGGAGGCUGAAGCAGGAGAAUCACUUGGACUCAGGAGACAGAGGUUGCAAUAAGCUGAGAUCACACAACUGCACUCCAGCCUGGGCAAAAGAGCAAAACUUUUUUUAGAAAAGGUCCUGGCACAGUGCCUCAUGCCUGUAAUCCCAGCACUUUGGGAGGCAGAGAUGGGAGGAUCACCUGAAGUCAGGAGUUGGGAGACCAGCCUGGCCAACAUAGAGAGGGUGAAACCCCGUCUCUACUAAAAAUACAAAAAUUAGCCUGGUGUGGUGGCGGGCACCUAAUCUCAGCUACUAGGGAGGCUGAGGCAGGAGAAUCGUGUGAACCCAGGAGGCAGAGGUUGCAGGGAGCUGAGACUGCACCACUGCCCUCCAGCCUGGGCAACAGCUCAAGCCUCCCAUAUCAAAAAAAGAAAGUAAAGGUUCUGUGGGCAGGAGGGAGGGAAUGAGUGCAAGUGGGAUGAGAGGCAAUAAUCGGAGGAAGUCUGAGUUUGAGUCCUUACAAGGGGAACUGUGCACUUUUUAAUGGGAGGGGCUUACAGCUUUCAUAGGAUUUUCCAAGGGACCCAUGCCCCAAUCCCUAACUAAGAGCUUGCUGACACCCUUGUCCACUGCUGCGACCUCUGCCGUCCUGGCGAGUCUCACAUGCCCUCUCUGCUGCUGAGCCUUCCUCUGGAAGCCUUCAGCAAUGCCUCAGCCCUCUGGUUUUCCUCUCCCCAAACUUUAAAUGUCUGAUCCCAUAGGGCUCCAUCUCCUGUUCUCACUCUGCCUAUUCUUUUUUUUUUUUAAUGGAGUCUCACUAUGUUGCCCGGGCUGGAGUGCAGUGGCACAGUAUUGGCUCACUGCAAACAACACCUCCCGGUUCAAGAGAUUCCCCUGCCUGGGCCUCCUGAGUAGCUGGGAUUACAGGCACCUGCCACCAAGCCUGGCUAGUUUUUGUACUUUUAGUAGAGAUGGAGGUUUCACCAUAUUGGUCAGGCCGGUGUCAAACUCCUGACCUCAAGUGAUCUGCCUGCCUCAGUCUCCCAAGGUGUUGGGAUUACAGGCGUGAGCCACCACACCUGGCCACACUGCCUUUUCUAGAUCAUCUCAUCUCCUCCCAGUUUUGAAUACUCUGCAUUGCAUGAUUUCCAAUAUUUUUUCUUAUCCCUUGGAAAUUCUAUAAUUGUUGAAGGAGCUCUUUCAUCCUUAAACAGGUUUUUAAAAAAAUCAUGUGUUGCUCUUAUGAAUAUAAACAACAUUCAUUGAUUUUCCUAAAACUUUUCCACAUUGGCUGGGCGCGGUGGCUCACGCCUGUAAUCCCAGCACUUUGGGAGGCUGAGGCGGGUGGAUCACGAGGUCAAGAGAUCGAGACCAUCCUGGUCAACAUGGUGAAACCCCGUCUCUACUAAAAAUACAAAAAAUUAGCUGGGCAUGGUGGCACAUGCCUGUAAUCCCAGCUACUCAGGAGGUUGAGGCAGGAGAAUUGCCUGAACCCAGGAGGCAGAGGUUGCCGUGAGCAGAGAUCGCGCCAUUGCACUCCAGCCUGGGUAACGAGCGAAAUUCCAUCUGAAAAAAAAAAAAAAAAAAAAAAAAAAACUUCUCCACAUUAACAUUGCUAACUACUUUCCAUUUGGAGUCACUGCACUUUGGGAGGCCGAGGCCAGUGGAUCACCUGAGGUCAGGAGUUUGAGAUCAGUCUGGCCAACGUAGUGAAAUCCCAUCUCUACUAAAAAUACAAAAAAAUUAGCCAGGCAUGAUGGCGCACACCUGUAGUCCCAGCUACUUGGGAGGCUGAGGCAGGAGAAUUGCUUGAGCCCAGGUUGCAGUGAGCCAAGAGCAUACUACUGCACUCCAGCCUGGGUAACAGAGCAAGACUCCGUCUCAAAAAAAAUAAAAAAUAAAUAAAUGUAUAUCUGCAUACUUUCUGACCAGCUCACCUUUUUACUAGAAAUCUAUGUACAAUGCCUUAGUCUCCUCAUUUCUAAACUGGGGAUAACAGUACCUACCACAGUGAGUUGCUGUGAAGAGUAAAUGAAGACACACUGCACCCACCCACGCCCACAGGUGCCAGAGCGCCUGGGACUUAAGUGGUAGCUCUUACCUUUGGUACAUUGGGAAGAUUUACCUGAUGUCUUCCCAAACCACUGAUUUAUUCUCCAAGACACUAAUUUAUUCCUACCAAUUAGUAUAUGGCUCAGGAGAAUGAAACUGGAUUAGUGUUUCCCAAAGUGUGACUCCAGGGAGCCUCGUUAAAAUGCAGCUUUCCAGGCAGGGUCUGGGGAAGGGGCUGCAGGUGCCCUGUCCACGAAGGUGGCAGAGAAGUCCCUAAAACAGUGCAAGAGGCAGGCCAAAGAGAUGGACAAGGAAGAUAAAGCUUUGGCCCUGGCCACAGGCAGAAUUAAGAAAUCUGGCAGCUGGGUGCGGGGGCUCAUGUCUGUAAUCCCAUCACUUUGGGAGGCCAAGGUGGGCAGAUCACAAGGUCAGGAGUUCGAGACCAGCCUGGCCAAUAUGGUGAAACCCUGUCUCUACUAAAAAUACAAAAAUUAGCCAGAUGUGGUGGCGGGCGCUUGUAGUCCCAGCUACUCAGGAGGCUGAGGGAGGAGAAUCGCCGGAACCUGGGAGGUGGAGGCUGCAGUGAGCCGAGAUCAUAUCAUUGCAGUCCAGCCUGGGUGACAGAGUGAGACUGUCUCAAAAGAAAAAAAAAAAAACAAAUCUGACAAGGAGGGGCAGAGUGGCUCAGGCCUGUAAUCCCAGGACUUGGGGAGGCUGAGGCAGGUGGAUUGCUUGAGCCCCGGAGUUUGAGACCAGCCUAGGCAAUAUGGUGAAACCCUGUCUUUUUAUAUGUGUAUAUACAACACACACACAAAAUACAUAUAAUACAUAAAUAUAUCUAGGCCAGGCGCAGUAGCUCACGCCUGUAAUCCUAGCACUUUGGGAGACUGAGAUUGGUGGAUCACUUGAGGUCAUGGCAAAACCCUGUCUCUACUAAAAAUACAAAAAUUAGCCAGGCGUGGUGGCCGGCACCUGUAAUCUCAGCUACUGGGAUGGCUGAGGCAGGAGAAUCGCUUGAACCCAGGCGGCGGAGGUUGCAGUGAGCCGAGAUGGCGCCACUGCCCUCCAGCCUGGGCGACAGAGCCAAGAUUCCCGUCUCAAAAAAAAAAAAAGAAAAGAAAAUACAGGGGCUCAUCAUCUUUUCGAGCUGUUUUCACUCGUCAAGUAGAACCAGCCCAGAAUCUUGCCAGAGUCAGCCCUUUGAUCUUUGUUCUGCCCUAAACUCAUCAUCUGGAAUUGAAUCAACUCAUUUGAGAAAAAGAAAAAACAAGCAGUUUCUGGGCUCACCCUAAACCCGCUGAACAAAGUGACUGCGGUGUCACCCCGGAACCUCUCACAGGCCUCCCAGCUGCUGCUAAUGCCCACUGAAGACCGGACGCCCGGUUAAGGCCAAGGCUGCCGGACCGGCUGCGGGCGCUGGAGGACCCGGGGGCUAGAGGGCGCCGCUCUCUCCUGGCUCGCGCCUCGACUCCCGGAAGAGCGAUUCUGUCCGCCGUUCGGCUGCGCUCGCCUCUUCUUUUCCGCUUCCGGUGUACCUUACAGCCAUGGCUGCCGCCGUCGCUGCUGCCGGUGCAGGGGAACCUCAGUCCCCGGACGAAUUGCUCCCGAAAGGCGACGCGGAGAAGACUGAGGAGGAGCUGGAGGAGGACGACGACGACGAGCUAGAUGAGACCCUGUCGGAGAGACUAUGGGGCCUGACGGAGAUGUUUCCGGAGAGGGUACGGUCCGCGGCGGGAGCCACUUUUGAUCUCUCCCUGUUUGUGGCUCAAAAAAUGUACAGGUUUUCCAGGGCAGCCUUGUGGAUUGGGACCACUUCCUUUAUGAUCCUGGUUCUUCCAGUUGUCUUUGAAACUGAGAAGUUGCAAAUGGAGCAGCAGCAGCAACUGCAGCAGCGGCAGAUACUUCUAGGGCCUAACACAGGGCUCUCAGGAGGAAUGCCAGGGGCUCUACCUUCACUUCCUGGAAAGAUUUAGAUUGUUACUGCUCUUUGAGCUGUCUUGGUGGGAGAAGUUUGAAAUUCAGUAGUGUUUGAACUGCUGAUUAUUUGGAUUUUUUUUUUAAACUUUGGCACAUUGAUCUAUCUAAACCUGGUGGAGAGAAUUCUCCCCACAUUGUCUCAUGGAAAGACUCAACUUGCAGCUGUGCCCUCCAUGCUAUCCUGACUUGCUUCUGUCUUCACUCUGAUACCAGAGUGCAGCCAUGCAGACGGUUAUUCCAGCUCUGGCCACUCCACUCCUUUCACCAAAUUGCUCCUAACUGGAAGAUCUCACUUUCCCCUUGUGGGGUAGGAACCGAUGCCAUUGGGAGGGAUGUGCCCCUGACUAUUAACGACUACUUUUUUUUUUUUUUUUAAAAGAAUAGAGCUGUUGGGGAGGGACAUGCACACAAUGUGAAACAGACAAAAUACAUUACACCUGUAGUGUAAAGUGGCCACUAUGAAUUCCUAUGUAUAAGAGGAGGGAGGCUGCCGCUUCAGCCACAGAAUGGGGACUAUGGAAGACAGGGCAGGGGCUGAUUUUCUCUGCACAUUUUGGCUGUUAGACCUGGGUGUAUGGGUUUAAAAAACCAGAAGUUAGUGCUCACUUUUUGUAUUUAAAUAUUAAAAAUGAUUCCAACUGAAA